UUUAGUAGUUUUAUUCAGUGUAGGUACAAUAGUAACAGUGAGGGUGGCAGUGUGACAGGAAGUGACGUAUUUUAGCGCAUGCGUGAGCCGGUUGCGCGACAGACUGACAAAGGUGGCGAAUCUCGGGAGGUUUAAUCGACUUUAAAACGUCACAAAAUGUUGAAGGAGUUGGUGAAGGAGCGACUCAUGGCGGCUGCUGAUGAAAUAUUCGCGCUGUUUGAAAGAACGAUAGUGUCGUACGAGGAGGAACUUUCUAGAAGCAGAGAGGAGAAGGAGCGACUUCGACAACAACUGGAAUUUGGUUGCAAGACUCGCAUUGUGUCACAAAUUGAAGACGUCCAGCAUUGUGAAGAAGAACAUCCCCAUCAGUCUCAGAGGGGGACUUCCACUUUGAAGCAGGAGGAGCCACAGCCCCCCCACAUUAAAGAGGAAGAGGAGGAACUCUCGAUCUCUCGGGAGGGAGAGUGUGGACCUGAAGAGGCUGAUCUCACCAAGUUGCAACUGAGAGUUAUCUCUGUGAAGACUGAGGACCGCGAAGAGAAACCACCCGUGACAACAAAAACUGAUGGAUGCAACCGUGACGGAAACGGCGCCCAAGAACCUUUGAGCAGCGACACACGCCGUGAAGGUGACGCCAGGACUCAAACUGACGACAAACAUUCUAAAUGCUGCAAAAAGAGGAGAGGUAAAAAAUGUUUGACCUGCUCACUUUGUGGUAAACACUUUUCUUACGAGUGUGAUUUGACUCAACACAUGAGAACCCACACGGCAGAAAAACCAUUUAAGUGUCCGGUGUGCAGUAAAGGCUUCACUCAGAAGAUUAAAAUGAAAUCACACAUGAGAAACGUCCACGCGGAAAAAAUUUACAGUUGCUCAGUUUGCCGGGAAGAUUUUUUCUUUAAGAUCCAGUUGACUCGACACUUGAAACAUCACAAAGAAAUACCUUUCAGUUGCUCUGUUUGCGGGGAAAUAUUCCCCCGCGGUGCCGAUCUGGUGUCACAUGCGGCGAUUCACAAAGGCGAAGCGUCUUUUAAAUGCUCAGUCUGUGAUAAAAGCUUUCCCUCGGUGGCCCAGUUGGACACGCACAUGAGAACUCACACCAGGGAGAGGCCCAGUUGCUCGCUUUGUGCUAAAACCUUUUGUAACGGAGACUCUCUGAAGUCACACAUGAAAACGCACACCAAGGAAAAACCCUUCCGUUGCUCCGUUUGCGCUAAAAACUUCACUCAGCGAUCCAGUUUGAACGUGCACAUGCGCAACCACACCGGAGAAAAACCUUUUAGUUGUACGGUUUGCCUGGCGAAAUUUGCCCAGCGGACCAGUCUGAACGUGCACACGCGCAUUCACACCGGAGAAAAACCAUUCAGUUGUUCGGUUUGCGCCGCGAAGUUUGUUCAGCUCGUCAGUUUAAAUGCACACAUGCAGUCUCACACCGGACAAAAAGCGUUCAGCUGUUUGGUUUGUGAUAAAAGCUUUGGUCGCAAGUACUGUCUGAAAGUACACAUGCUCACUCACACUUGAGAGGGAGAAACCUUUUGGGGGUUUUAACCAGGAAAUAAUAUCUUGUUCAAACAAUCUGGCAUUUAAAAAAUGCAAUAGGAAAUACAAAUAAUUGAAAUAAAAGCGACUUUGAGUGGACUUUUAGUGGCAGCUGCUGGCCAGUGAAGGAAUACAUCAGAAUUUAGGGUGGAUUGUUCAUGUUGGAUUU